AUGCAAUUAUUCGAAAUAUUCAUUUUUCUUCAAACGGUCACGCUUGGAAUAUCACAAUUCACCGAACAAUACCAAGGAUCAUCGAGUAGACUGACAAGGCAUCUACUUGAAAAACAUAACAAAUGUUCUCCUCCAGAUGGAAGAGUUGACAUUUCUCACAACAUCGAGUUGGUUCACAUCAUUGGGAUAAAUGAGUUGAAUCAAAAUAUGCAAGUUUUGCAAUGGCAGGAUACAUCGUUGAGCUGGAAAACAGAAGAAUUUCGGGGUAUCAGGAAUACUUGGUUACCCGAGAAUUCAAUAUGGAUUCCUGAUAUCAUUGUGUUCAAUACUCUCGAACACAAAAUGUUGCUCGACGCAGUUCGCUCCCCAAUCAAAGUUUCAUUCACCGGAGAAGUCACAUAUGCGUACCCAGCAAUUUACACAGUGCUUUGUCAAAUUGGAAUUGCCAACUUUCCGUUUGAUGAUCAAGUGUGCAAAAUUCGAUUUGCUUCUUGGGCUUAUGACGAGGACAAGAUCCUGCUCAAUGCAUCACAUAAACCAUUACUCAAGAAUUACGCACCCAACGAAGAGUGGGCACUUCAGGAUGUUGAUAUGGCCAGGAAAGAGUACGAACACGAAGAAACGGUUGUCAGUGAAAUAAUCUACUACAUAAAAGUUGCCAGAAAGCCAUUCUAUUACUUGAUAAGCCUUGUCGUACCAAGUUAUAUCAUUUGCGUUCUUUCGAUAGCCGGACUAUUUGCAAGAUUUUCCACAAAACAUGAAAGACAGGAGCGUUUCACACUUGGAGUGACUGCAAUUCUUAGUAUGGCCGUGUUAUCGUUGGUUGUUACCGAAAAAGUCCCACAUAGUUCAGAAAGUGUUCCUCUGUUAAUUGUGUAUAUGCAUUUCAUCAUUAUCAUGGUAACUAUUGCAACCAUUUUGACGUCAACGGUGAUGAGGGUCCACGCAAAAGGAUUUCGAACACAUUUCUUAAGCCCUCCGAAUUGGAUCCGAAAAGGGCUUUUCAUAGCUCGGAAACACGCCGCUUUCUUUCAACAGCACGGACAAGUCUACAUGGAUAUCCAUACUACUGCGGAGCAGUGGGGAGAAGUGUCCCGAAGAAUGGAUUAUCUCCUCGCUUCCGUCUUCAUCAUCAUCAUUAGUACUCCGACGCUCUACUUGUUUUAUAUGUGUUAUCAAAUGGAUCAUGCCACGGCCGAACGAAUUUUGCUUGAAAAUGCAAAACGUCGUGAUCAACUUUACUACUGA